AUACGUAAAAAAAAUCAACAGAAUUAAUGUUUAAGCUUAUCUAAAUCUCAGUACAAUGAAAAUGGCGAUUUCAUAAUGGGUUAACAUGUUAACAAAAAAGUAAUCAAUUUUCAAAGUAUACGAAAUAAUACUUGCAAAAUAUUCGCUCCACGCAUUAAAGUAUUCGUAAUGCGCAAGUCGCCUAUUAAAUAUGCGAUUUGUGUUAUCACUGUCCUUGCCUUGUAGGUAGGCUAUUAUCGUAAUUGUAAGUAGGACAGGUUUUGACAAGAAAAUUUGGUUAAUUUUUAUCGUGAAAAACAUAAGAAUGACUUGCUUAUAUGACUGUUAACAUGAAGAUAAUGUGAAAUACUCCAAGAAGGAAAAAUGUGUAAAAUCAGAUGUUUGAUAAAUGUGAAAAUAGAUAACAUAUAAAUAAAAAAAAAUGAGCUGGUUACGAAGUAGUCCACUGAGAACUAGUUUUAGUAAACAGCGUUCAAGAGACUCUCCACCAAAGGACGCUGAUCCAUCAGCAUGUUAUGACAGCUUUUGUAAACACUGGCAACAAGCUUAUGAAAUUAUUUUGCAUACAUCUCCACCUAAAGGGAUACCUAAUCAGGAUGAUGUUCUUGGAGUGGUUAAUCACAUAGAUCAAAUGGUAACUCUAUUACUAUUAGAGUUACGAGAUUCUAAUUUUUAUAAUAACUAUCGACAAUCUACAACUGCAACACAUUCUCCUUGCCUGGAAUAUUUAUUAAGUGAAAAUCUUCUUGUUAAACUUUAUGAUUGGAGCAUACACACUGGAAGGUUUAAUAAUGCUGUGCGUUUGGAACAGUUGAAACUGUAUGAACUUUUGGUAUCACAUAGUGGUACUCUUCUUGCCCAUGAACCAGUUGCGAGACCAUUGUUAAGAUUACUUGAAAAUUGUGCAAACGAUAUUAUGCCAUUAGAAGUAGAAAAAAAAUUAGUAGUGUUACUAAAUCAAUUAUGUGUUGCUUUAAUGCAAAACAUGGCAUUACUAGACUUGUUUUUUCAUUCAACAGCAAUAGGGGAAAGCAAGUUUAUUAUUUUUACAUUACUAAUACCACAUGUACAUAGAGAAGGAGGAGUAGGACAACAGGCACGUGAUUCUAUGUUACUUUGUAUGUCUCUUUCAAAAAAAAAUGAUGAAGUUGGGAUAUAUAUUGCUGAGCAUUCUAAUAUAUGCCCUGUAUUGGCUACGGGUUUAAGUGGACUGUAUUCAUUAUUGCCCAGAAAACUAGAUAUUGAGACAGAUGAUUGGCAUAGAUUAACUCCAGAUGAUGUUAAUGAUUUACCAGCAUUGAUGCAUUUUAUGAAUUCAUUAGAAUUUUGUAAUGCAGUUGCACAAGUUGCACAUCCUUUGGUACAAAAACAGUUACUAGAAUUUUUGUAUCAUGGUUUUUUGGUGCCUGUGAUGGGACCAGCCUUAUUGCAGGAUUCUCUUGGUUUGAGCAUAGAACAGCUAGAUGCACACGAACAUGGGACAACUGUGGAUGAAUUAGUUGCAGCAACCGCUUACUUUGAUUUAUUUCUUCGUUCGGUAACUGAACCUGGCCUUUUGCGUUCGCUUGUUAGAUUUUUACUUGAAGAUAAUUAUGACGAAUGCAGAAUAUUGGACAGUCUUAUCCAGAGGAUAUCUUCUAGAUCACGACUAUGUAUAGUGACAUUGGCCCUCUUUGAAACUUUGGUUAAUUUAAAUUGCGAAGACAUUAUGUUAGAACUAUGUCUAGGUGCAUUGAGCCCAUGUUCCCACGUAAUGCUUUCUCAACGUAGAAGGUUAAGAGAUAUAGAUCCGUUUGGACGUGCAGCUGAAAAGUUUCUUUCACUGACACCAAGCUGUUGCGCGCCUUUUGCAUUUGUAAAUUCCCAAUUUAAUUCAUUACCAAAUAAUGCAACAAACGAAAAGCAUUUAAAUACCACAUCUGAAUACUUAAAAUCGUUGCCUACAUCUAUAAAUUAUGGUGCUCGAUUAUCAGAUAGUUUGUACGGAAAUUACCAUGCAUAUUUGUGCGAUGCUCGGCAAAAAAUAAGAGCUUGUCGAAUCGCAUGUUCUAAUUGGUCGUAUCAAUACAAUGGAGAGUUACUUAAAGAUAGUACUACCAGCAGUGCGGCAACUUUGAUAGAUGAUAAUACAUUGUCAGAUCAAUCUCAAAAGAAAAUUGAAAGCAAAGCCUUGUCAUUAGAAACGUUAAAACAUUCAGCUGCUUUCAAUGAAAUGAAUGAAAAUUCCUCAGCAACUAAUGCACUAGCUAAUAUUCAAUCUCUGUUGGAUAAGAAAGACUUAAACGUAACAGAGAAAGAUGUAAAACCAGAAUCUCUAAAAACAGCAGGAAUAGAAUUAUCAUUAGAAGAGCAAGCAAAACUAGAUGCAGAUAUUGCUGAAUUGUUAAGCGAAGAUAUUGGAAUAUCAGAAUUGGCUAAGGAAACAUUAUUAAUAGAUAAAAAAGAAUUUGAUAGUGGCAUUGAUGAUUCAAAUACUGCUAUGAACUCUCUUUUAUCAUUAGGAGAAAGUAGCGGCUAUGAAAGCUUUGCAUUUAAAGGUUCUUCAGAGUCUACACCAGACAAUGAACCUAGUGAAGAUCGAAUAAGUGAACACGAAGAAAUAGAAGCCGGAUCAAAUAAAGAACAAGGUAUAUUUCUUCAUAGCAUUAUAGAAUCAAGUUCAGUGACGCCAGAAGAAUUAACAGCGAAUAAACAAACUAAAGAGAACUAUCGUCAGGAUGUAUUUAAUGGACAACCAAACGUCGGUAUAUUUUUGGAUGUUCUUUUACGAAAGUUGGAAUGUAUGACGAGUAACAAUUUAUACGUUAAUCUACAUUUAACUGGUCUUAUCAGUAGACUAGCGAUAUAUCCUCAGCCAUUGUUACAGUCGUUUCUCUUGAAUCAUUCUUUGGUGUUUCAACCUAGUAUUAGAUCACUUUUUCAGGUACUUGCGUCAUUGAAACAUAAAAUAGACCAGUUUCUGUCACAGUAUAAUAACGUAGACGUAUUAGUAGAGCAAGCUCGUCAAUUUUUGAUUAAUCGUGAAGAUAAAUUAGUGAAUGCAAGAAAAAAUGCAUUAGAAGCUGCUGCUCAUUCUGCGCCUCUUAAAAGAAAUUCUUUGAGCAGUGAACCAUUCUCAAGAGUAUUUAAACGAUGCGAAAGCAAAAGAUGGAGUUUAACGUCCUCCUUUACACAAAUGCUUAGAAAAUCAAGUGGUAGCUCCGGUCCAAGUAGUUUAAUUAAUCUAAAUCAAUCGCCUAGUGUAUCAGAAAAUCAAUUAGAAGCCAUUGGUCAUAGCUCCGGAUAUCGGUAUUAUACGAAAACGUCCUGGGAAUCUCCAAAUGAAAUAAGUCCAGCACAAAAUGUGGUCUUAUGUGCAGUUAUAUUAGACGAAUGGCUGAAAGAACUAGCUGCUAUUACACAGGAACAUGCCAUUAUAUCUCUUACAAAUAAUUUAGAGUUUCAAGUUUAGCAUGUAAGACUAACUAAAAUUCACAAAUUAACCUUCAAUUAAUGAUAAAACAAUAUUAUCCAGAAUAUUUUCUUCCUUUUACAGGAUUUUAAUAAAUAUGUGAUAUAAUAUUAGACUUUCAUAUAAUAAACUAUAGAAUUAUACUGUUCAUUUCAAGUCAUAUCUAACAAAAUGUAAAAACAAUAUAGAGUGUAUUGCUGCAACACACACACUCACACACACACAAAAUAAUAAUAACGCUAUUUUAUUUGAUAACUGUAGAUAUGACAAAUUAAGAAACUAGCCUUUAAGGCUGUAGAUUUAUAUGUUUCCGUUGAUGUUAUCGAUUUUAAAUAUUAAUCACGUUACGUUGACACGUGUUAACAAAAGAAUAUAUAUAUAAAAAUAUAUUUAUUUAUUAGGCGCUUUUAAAGUACUAAUUUAAUUUAUAGUAUUUAAAUGAUAUCAGCUGAAUAUUGUUACGAAGACUGACAUUUAGAGCAAUUUCCUAUAUAAUGUGCACAUAUUAUUAACAAUUUUAUGAAAUAUUUUAAAAAUUGAA